AUGGCGUCUCCCAUCUCCAGAUCCAUCCUCAGGCGAAUGUCCACCCAGGUCACUCCUAAGACCGAGGCUGCACCUGAGAUGAAGGAGUGGACGACCUCUCAGGCCACUGCCGCUCCUCCAAAGAUUGUUUCAGCAGCACGAAAGAAGCAGCGAAUUGUACAGGACGGUAUUCUAUCCCUCAGGACCAACUCCGCACACGAGCACAAGGUCUCAACAUGGACGACACCCAACAAGAACUCGAACUCUGCGACCCCGGCGACGCCUGCUCAGCAGUACAGAGAAUGGAAGCGUAUUCAGGCUAACACACGAAGCCUCGGUUCAAAACUUGUCAAACGAUAUAUCCCCACCGAACUUGUCAACAACCCACCAGGACCUGAGGAUAUCACUCUGGAGUUGCUGCUGGCUUCGCAAACGCAUAUUGGGCACAAGACUUCACUCUGGAACCCUGCCAACUCUCGGUACAUUUAUGGUGUGCGUCAGGGUGUGCACAUGAUCUCUCUCGAGACCACUGCGGCACAUCUCCGACGAGCGGCUCGUGUGGUUGAGGAGGUUGCUUACAAUGCUGGUCUGAUUCUCUUUGUUGGAAACCGUAAGGGCCAAAUGGAGAUUGUUACUCAGGCUGCCGAGAUGGCUGGUGCUUGUCACUUGUUCACUAAGUGGACUCCAGGUGGCAUUACCAACCGAGAUGUCAUCUUGAAGAUGGCUGGUACAAAGGUCGUGGACCACAAAGACGUGGAACUUCCUGGGUUUGAGAACUACAGAGGCUCAGCUCGACCCUUGAUGCCUGAUCUGGUUGUUUGCUUAAACCCUCUUGAGAACUAUACUCUUUUGUACGAGUGCGGUCUCAAGAGCAUCCCCACCAUUGGUGUUAUUGACACUAACGCUGACCCAUCAUGGGUGACUUACACCAUUCCUGCCAAUGACGACAGUCUACGAGCUAUGGCCGUCGUUGGCGGUGUUUUGGGUCGAGCUGGUCAACGAGGCUACCAACGACGUAUGGCAGAUGCUAAAAAAGACAAGUCAACUUGGCAAAACCCCCCUGAUAUUGUCCAGCACAUGAGCCGUGAGAAGAAGGUGGCUAUUGCUGAACGCAAGAACGUUAUGGGUCAGAUGCAGCACAACCUGGAGGGUUUCAGCGAGGAAGAGCAGAAGAUUCUACGGGAACAGUUCUACGGAGAGGAAUCCGAGGUCACUGAAACCGACUUGAUUAAAAUGAUGGCACAGACAGCCUCGGUAGACGUUAAGCCUAGCGCUGCUGAUUCAGCCUCGGACUCCAGGCUGGCCAACAUUGAGGAGGAGCUAUCAGGUCUUAAGGCUGCCGCCGAGGCUAUUGAGGCUGAGACCCACUAUGCCCCCAACCCUACGCCUACAGAGUCAGCUCCCGCUUCAUCUGAACAGCCUAUUGUUUCCGAGGUAGUUGUCGAAGCUCAGUCUGCCGAGUCAUCACCCGAUUCAAGGUUGUUGAGCAUUGAAGAGCAGCUAUCAAGCCUCAAGGUUGUAGCUGAGGCUAUCGAGGCUGAGGCGCAGUCUGCUACCAAGCCUACAGAGUCAGUCCUCGCUUCCGCUGAACAGCCUAUUGUCUCCGAGGUGGUCGUUGAAGCUCAGGUUGCGGCCCAGCCUGCCCAGUCAUCACCUGAUUCAAGGUUGGCAAGCAUUGAAGAGCAGCUAUCGAGCCUCAAGGUUGUAGCUGACGCCAUCGAGGCUGAGACACAGACUACUACCAAGCCUGCAGAGUCAAUCCCUUCUUCGCCCGAAGAGCCUGUCAUCUCCCAAGUAGUUGUUGAGGCUCAGGUUGAAUCUCAAGUCGAAAGCCAGAUCGAGACUCAGCCUGCUGAGUCAACAAGCGACUCGAGAUUGACAAGCAUCGAGGAGCAGUUGUCGGGACUAAAGGAUGUAGCGGAGGCUAUUGAGGCCGAUAUCAAAAGCGGCAAGCAAUAA